AUGCCCCAAGCCGGCCAGCAGCCAACGAGUUCGCAUCAGUUCUCACUGAAGAGUCCACAGAAGCGCAAGAAGCCACGGACGUCCUUCUCGAGGCUUCAGGUGGUUGAGUUAGAGAAGAGAUUCCACAGGCAGAAGUACUUGGGGUCAGCCGAGCGAUCAAACCUGGCAAAGAUCUUGAAGAUGACGGACCACCAAGUGAAGACCUGGUUUCAGAACAGGAGAACCAAAUGGAGGUUGCUGCUGAUUGCAUUUCAAUGA